UAUUUGAGUUUUAAUACUUAUACUAUACAUUAUCUUUCAUCUCAUUUUUACUUAUUUUCCGCCGACACCAGUCAAGUCAACUACUCAAGUGUUAUUAUAUAAAGAAAGAAACACAUGCAACCCUGUUAUUAAUUUCCAAAAUUUCAAUAUGGCCAAUUUCACUCUCCACACAGAAACCGUUCAAGCAUGGCUCCCUCUAAGCAGACUCCACAUUCUUAUACACUCAGUGUUCGUCAUCCUUCUCCUCUACUACCGCACAACGCGUCUCAUCCACGCGCCGACCGCGCCGUGGAUCCUGAUGACCGUUGCGGAGGCUCUCCUCGCCGUGCUUUGGCUCUUCAACCAGGCCUUCCGGUGGCGACCGGUGAGCCGCUCCGUGAAGACAGAGAAGCUGCCGCGCGACGAGAAUCUCCCCGGGCUGGACAUAUUUGUGUGCACGAUUGAUCCUGAGAAGGAGCCAACGGCAGGGGUGAUGGACACGGUUGUUUCCGCCGUGGCGAUGGAUUACCCGCCGGAUAAGCUAUCCGUGUAUCUUUCUGAUGAUGGUGGUUGCGCCGUGACGGAGUAUGGGAUUAGAGAGGCUUGUGAGUUUGCCAAGGUGUGGGUUCCUUUUUGUAGAAAGUAUGGGAUCAAGUCGAGGUGUCCAAAAGUUUUCUUCUCUCCGAUGGGGGAAGAUGAAGAGAUUCUAAGGACAGAUGAGUUCAGAGCAGAGCAAGAGAAGAUCAAGGCCCAAUACGAGACUAUGCAGAAAAACAUCGAGAAAUUUGGUUCAGACCCCAAAAAUUGUCGUAUUGUCACUGACAGACCCUCUAAGAUCGAGAUUAUAAAUGAGCAAUCAGAAAUCCCACGUGUUGUGUACGUCUCUCGUGAAAGAAGGCCAUCACUUCCUCACAAGUUCAAAGGAGGAGCUCUCAACACAUUGCUCAGAGUGUCAGGUCUAAUCAGCAAUGGACCUUAUGUGCUUGCAGUGGAUUGUGAUAUGUAUUGCAAUGAUCCAUCCUCUGCCAAGCAAGCAAUGUGCUUCUUCCUUGAUCCAGAAACAUCUAAAUACAUUGCAUUUGUCCAAUUCCCUCAAAUGUUUCACAACCUUAGUAAGAAAGACAUCUAUGAUAAUCAAUCUAGGACUGCUUUUAAGACAAUGUGGCAAGGCAUGGAUGGACUCAGUGGUCCAGGUCUUUCUGGCAGUGGUAACUACUUGAGUAGAAGUGCAUUGCUAUUUGGAAGUCCAAACCAAAAAGAUGACUAUCUGCUUGAUGCUCAAAACUACUUUGGCGAGUCUCCCUUGUACAUUGAAUCAUUGAAGGCCAUCCGUGGACAACAAACUACCAAAAAGAAUAUCUCAAGAGACGAAAGUUUACUAGAAGCUAAAGUGGUGGCCUCUGCUUCCUACGAGACAAACACAGAAUGGGGCUCAGAGGUUGGAUUCUCAUAUGGCAUCUUACUGGAGAGUACUAUUACUGGUUACCUUUUGCACUGCAGAGGAUGGAAAUCAGCUUAUCUUUACCCAAAAACACCAUGUUUCUUAGGGUGUGCCCCCACUGACAUUAAAGAAGGCAUGCUUCAGUUGGUGAAGUGGUUGUCUGAGCUUUGCUUGUUUGCUGUCUCUAAGUACAGCCCUUUUACAUAUGGGUUUUCAAGAUUGCCCAUUAUGCCUACCUUCACUUAUUGUUUCCUGGCAGCUUCAUCCCUAUAUGCUAUUGUCUUCAUCCUUUAUGGCAUUGUACCUCAAGUGUGCUUCUUGAAAGGAAUCCCUGUGUUUCCAAAGGCCACAGACCCUUGGUUUGCAGUGUUUGCAGUAUUGUAUGUAGCCACCCAGAUUCAACAUUUGAUUGAAGUCCUUUCUGGCAAUGGCUCGGUCUCGAUGUGGUGGGAUGAACAAAGAAUUUGGAUUCUGAAGUCAGUUACUAGCGUAUUUGCAAUGAUAGAGGGAAUCAAGAAAUGGUUAGGAUUGAACAAGAAAAAAUUCAACCUGUCAAACAAAGCGGUUGACAAGGAGAAGGUCAAGAAAUAUGAGCAAGGUAGGUUUGAUUUCCAAGGAGCAGCUCUGUACAUGUCUCCAAUGGUUGUGUUGCUCCUAGUGAACAUUGUUUGCUUCUUUGGCGGUUUAUGGAGACUGUUUAAGGAGAAAGAUUUUGCAGAUAUGUUUGGUCAACUUUUCCUACUCAGCUAUGUGAUGGCUCUCAGUUAUCCCAUUCUUGAGGGGAUAGUAACUAUGAAAAUGAAGAGUGGGUAGUGAAAUUCGGUAAUUGUAAAUUAGGCUCACUCAAGAGUCUAAUACUACACAAAUAAGACAAAUUGGCACAACUCCAUUCUUGGGUUUAGAUGAAACUAAUAGUUUCUUUA